GCCGCCGGGCGCCGAGCUGCGCGGGGCCGCGGCCGAGGGGCGCUGCGGGCGGCGGCGGGGCAGCGCAGCAAAGGAGGGGAACGCAAGGCAAGGGGCGCUGCCACCGCCGCAGCGCUUCCAUGCUGAGCCGGGGAGCCCCGCUCGGCGGCACGUUAAUUGGAUUUCAUUCACUCGUGGCGGAGGAAAAGCCCAAGGGCUCGGGCUGCAGCGGCGAUUAGGCAGGUUCAUUGACAGAAAAAAAGAGGAGACAGGGCAGGCUGGCUGCGCGCACGCAGGCACACACACACACGCGCUCACACUCACACUCACACACACGCCGGGGCCGGGGCUGCUUCUCCCUCCCCGUGACUCCACAGCCGCCCGGCGCGGGGGAAGCGGCGCGGGGGGGGGCUACGUGAUUCAUUUUCCUGGGGCGGAGGGAGAUAAGUUGUGCGGAGUUAGAGGGGUGCAGCCCGCCCGCCGAGCCAGCCGCAUGCCUCUGUGAGAGAGAGGGGCGCUUCCAGAGCACGCUCCGCUCCCCCCGUCCUUCCUCAUGCUAGAUACGUUCAGACCCGUCCCUUUCGCGUUGGAAAUGGCGAUUAGUAAAUCCGUGGCGUGGCUGAACGAGCAGCUGGAGAUGGGCAACGACCGGCUACUGCUGAUGGACUGUCGACCGCAGGAGUUGUACGAGUCGUCCCACAUCGAGUCGGCCAUCAAUGUGGCCAUCCCCGGCAUCAUGCUGCGGCGGCUGCAGAAGGGCAACCUGCCCCUGCGGUCCCUCGUCGCCAGCAGCGAGGAGGACCGGGAGCGCUUCGCCCGCCGGUGCGGCACCGACACCGUAGUGCUGUACGACGAGCACAGCCGCGACUGGAACGAGAAUACUGGCGGCGAGUCCGUGCUGGGGCUGCUCCUGAAGCGCCUCAAAGAUGAAGGCUGCAAGGCAUUUUAUCUGGAAGGUGGUUUUAGCAAGUUCCAGGCCGAGUUCGCCUUGCACUGUGAAACUAACCUAGACAGUUCGUGUAGUAGCAGCUCUCCUCCUUUGCCAGUCCUGGGCUUGGGAGGCCUCCGAAUCAGCUCCGAUUCAUCAUCCGACAUUGAAUCUGACAUUGACAGAGACCCCAAUAGUGCCACCGACUCCGAUGGCAGCCCUCUUUCCAACAACCAGCCUUCCUUUCCGGUGGAGAUUUUACCCUACCUCUACUUAGGCUGUGCCAAGGACUCUACUAAUUUGGAUGUUUUAGAAGAGUUCGGCAUUAAAUACAUCUUGAAUGUUACUCCUAACCUGCCUAAUCUCUUUGAAAACGCCGGUGAAUUCAAGUACAAACAGAUCCCGAUCUCUGACCACUGGAGCCAAAAUCUCUCUCAGUUCUUUCCUGAGGCCAUCUCCUUCAUAGAUGAAGCACGGGGGAAGAACUGCGGCGUCCUGGUGCAUUGCUUAGCAGGGAUCAGCCGCUCGGUCACAGUGACGGUGGCCUACCUCAUGCAGAAGCUGAACUUGUCCAUGAAUGAUGCCUAUGAUAUUGUCAAGAUGAAGAAGUCCAACAUUUCACCCAACUUCAACUUCAUGGGUCAGCUGCUGGACUUUGAGCGGACUCUGGGACUGAGCAGCCCCUGUGACAAUCGAGUGCCGAACCAGCAGCUGUACUUCACCACCCCUUCCAACCAGAACGUCUUCCAGGUGGAUUCCUUGCAGUCCACGUGAGCUCCCACCACCUCCCUUCUCCUGUCCAUUUCAUGGGAUCACUCCUCAAUGGUUUCUCUUUGGCAGUGAUAAAGAAAUGCAGCUUUCUCUUUUUCUGGCCUCUGCUGUUAAAAAGCAGCUGCCAGUGCAGGCAACGGAAGGUUAAACAGUAUGGAAUCGGCUAUUGCAAAGGGAGGGGACAUGGCAAGCUCUCUGGGCAGGACCGUGGUGACCAGGCAGCAGGUGGGCAGUGUGUUCAUCCCUGCUUGGGCAGUAGCUGGGGUCUUGUGGUAGGGUGAGGCUGGACAGGCUGGGCACGUGUUCUCUAGAGGCUGGAACCAUCCUGCCCUCUGCUCUCAGAUCUGUGACACACAUCUUUGUCUUCAGUGAAGACUGGUUAUUUUUGUUUGUUUGUUUUAAUUUAGAGGAGCCAAAGAAAGAGAUUUCAGCUUAGUGUAUUUGGAGUACUUGUUUGCUACGAGCUUGGUAGUAUUCUACUUGAUCAAUGUAAAUAUUUAACCUUAAAUUUAUUUGCUUUUUUUUUUUCCCUUAAUUCACAUGUACUCAAGAAAUCAAUCCAAGGGACACCUGUGUUUUUGUUCUUUUCAUAAAUUUUGCUUUGUUUGUUUGAAUUGCAAAGAGUAUAUUUGCAGCAUGCUGAAUUUUAUUGAAGCAAGCUUUCCAUGAGGGAGAAAUGGCAAUGGUGAGAAGUUUGCAGAUCAGGUUUUGUGAGCAAGUAGAGUCCUUCUUUCAUAUAUCUUUCUUUUCCUUGUGAUUUUUUUCCACAUGCUUUUGAUGUAGGUUCCAUAUGAUAUAUAUAUAUAUAUACAUAUAUAUAUAUUUAAAUUAAAUUAAUUUUUUUGCCUUACCUUUUGUAAAUAGAUCAUCUGGGAGGAGGUUUGUCUUUGAAUGCGAAAGAUUUUUGAUCACUUUUUAAAACUUUCAGAUGUGCUAAACAGUGCAUUACCUCUGUACAAAUUCUUCAGGGAGCUUCACCUCAAAUGCAAUAUUUUGCGUCUUUUUAUUUGUAUAAAACUGGAAGUAUGUGCGAGCAUUUGUACCUGUGUGUACGCACAGUGAACCUGCACAUGGUUGCCAAUAAGGGAGAGUCUAAUCCACAGUGUAAAAGUUUUAAGAUGGAAUUUAUUAUAAGAAUGUAAAACCUUAAAUUAUUAAUAAAUAAAUAACUAUUUUUGGCUAUGGAGAAGCUGACUGGUUUAUUCCUCCUUUCCCCUCUGUGUAAUUGUGGUUAAUUGCACAUACCCAUAUGGUUAUGUUUAAAGGCAAUAAUUGCUCUCAAUAGCUUUUGUACAUCCC